AGUUAAUAAAUAAAAUAACAAUUUUUUUAAGACAUUUUAUGAUGUAAAUUAUUUUUAAUUGUAGUUAUAUCCAGUAGAUGACACUUUGAAAUUCUGAAUAUAUGCCCUUUAUAUAUAUAUAUAAACUACUUCUGUCAAAAUUCAGUCCCAGGCUGACCUGCUAUCAGUAUUAUUCCUAUCCUAUGUUCUUUUUAUUAUGGUCUUUUCAAAGUCAAGGAUAUAAAUAGAUCAUGGGAAUUGUUGGUCAGAGCAGGCUUUGAGUAAUGUACUACCAAGAUGGCAGUAAAAUGUCAAAUGUGGCUGCUGUUUAUUUAUGUCACAUCAUUAUGGCUGAUUACUUCGUUAUGGUUCAGUUCCUCUAUCUUCAUGCCUGUUAAGCAAGUUUUUUUCAGUCAGAAACUUUGAAGAAUUGUUUCAUCAUGAUUUUGGAUGAUAUUAUUUACAUUUCUUUGUUGUGCUCAUCAGUAGCCCUAGCUCCCAUCAUACGAAAUGUGCCAAAUCUUCACAACCGUAAAUUGUUUUCUACUAUUACAGGCCUUGUUGUAGUAUUUAUCGUAUCUGGCUUUCACAUUAUUCAUCCGUUAUUUGUCACCUUUAUAAAUGCAUUGAUAUUACUAAUCUGUAGUAGAAGGGUAUGUCAUAUUGUCAGCGCUAUCUUCUGUUUUGUCUAUCUUGCUUUUUUCCGGAGCACUCAUUAUUUUGGUCUUCCUAUUCCUCCUCCUCAUACUAAUGCUAUACAAAUGAUACUUACAUUAAAGAUGGUAGGUAUUGCAUUUGAAAUCAAAGAAGAAGAAGAACUUCAAGCAAAGGAUCCUAAUUCUGAAAUUCAAAUAAAAUACAGAAAAAUAAAGCCCUCAUUUUUUGAUGUUUUCCAUUAUGCAUUUUGUAUUGCUGGAGUCUUAAUAGGACCUUAUUACAAAUAUAGAACCUUUUCGGAUAUGUUUUAUUUGCCAUACAGUUCUUAUGUCCCGGCAAAUAGAUAUUUGAUUCAAAGAAUUCAGAUUGUGCCAUUUUAUGUCUUACUUUAUUUAGUAGGCAAUUUUCUUUAUCCACUCGAACUUGCAUCUUCACCAGAACUUCUGAAACAGCCUUUUUGGUAUAGAGUUUAUUAUAUGACCCCAUCUUUUUUCAACUUCCGAAUGCGAAUUUAUGCUGGCUUUAUCCUUGGAGAGUGUGUAUGUAUUGCCAUGGGUUUAGGUGCAUAUCCCAAAUCUAGUAAUCCCUUGCCUGGAGCUGGGCCUACUAAUUAUGCAGCAUUAGAAGAACUGGAAAAAAAACAAAGUUGGUCAUCUGUGGAAUACUCAUUUGAAACAGUAAAUAAUAUUUAUGAAUAUGGAAGUGAAUUUUGGCCAACAAUUAGAGAGGGCAUUAGAGCAUGGAAUAGAACUGUCCAGUAUUGGCUAGCAUGUUUUGUAUAUAAGCGUCUGAAAGCACCUAAACCAGUCAAGAUGCUUAUAACAAUGAUGGUCAGCUCAUUCUGGCAUGGUGUUCAUCCUGGAUAUUAUUUGUGCUUAUGUAGUGCACCAUUAUUUCUUUUUGUUGAAAUGGAAGUUGAAAAAGCAAUGAGUAAGCAUGCAACAUACCUUCAACACGUUCUCUUUGACUGGAUAUGGUGGGUUAUAAAAAUGCAAUCAUUUUCUUACAUGGGAAUGGCAUUUCUUCUUUUAGAUAUUCAAAGUUGUUUGCAUUUUUGGAAAUCAAUAUAUUUCUGUGGACAUAUUUUUAUAAUUUUAAUUUAUUUUGUGGCUUUUUGGUUUAAUAAAAAAGAAAAGAAGGAUUAAUGUAUUAAAUUACUGAUUUAAUUUCUGUAAUUAAUACUGCAGCUUGUAAUAUUUUUUAAUUUAUGUAUACAUGUGUGUGUAUAUACACAUAUAUUCUUGUAUGUAUAAAAACGUACUUCACUUUGAAGUGCCAUUAUAUCGUGUAUGCUGUACAGUGAUAACUUUUUGUUUGAAAAUAACUUUAAAGAUCAGAAAAGAGGUUAAUUUGGACAGUGGCCUUCAAAUUAGGCAAGCGCCAUAAUCAGUAGAUAUUUUAAAAAAAAAUUACAUAUUUAUUUAUUUAUUUAUCACAUUUAAAAAAACGUAGUUAAUGUAUGGAUAUAUACACACACAGUAUUAUAUGAAUGGCAAAUUAGUUCAUUAAAAUAGAAGCCUUUUAUGCAUGCUUUACAAUGAUAUUUUUUGUUAAUAAAUAAUCUUAACAGUGAGUAAAAGAGAUUAAUUUGAGUAAUGGCCUUCCCAAUAGAGUAUGCCAUAAUUGCUAAAUAUUUUGAUAAUUAAUGAUUUUUAAACGAAAAAAUUUUUAAAUAUGCAUAAAUUUUGAGUACAUUUAAAAAUAAUACAGUUAAGCACUGAAGCAGCUAAAAUUAAAUUUUAAUUUGCAUAAAUUAAUAAAGUUUCUUCUCCAAAGAUAGAAAUUUUUUUUUAAUUUUAAAAAGUGUGAAAAUCAUAUGGGAAUAAAAAUAAAGAAUUUCUCAAAAUAAUUACAUUACAGUGAUCAGGAAGGCAACUUGUAAUAAAGAUUUUGAAAGCCUUAGUCUAAAAUUUGGUAGAAAGCUAAAACUGCGAGUAGCUAAAAUACCUGGAGUUUAAACUUUAUCUAUGGGAGGUCAGACCCGAAUACUUCCACAAGUCAUAUUUCUAAAAUCCAGUAAACAUUUCUGUGUCCUGCGAAUGUUCCAGAAUAUUCUUUUAGAAUUAACCCUUUGACGCGCGCGAUAUUAUUUUUAUAAUUUUUUUAACUGAAAACUCUAGAAAUUGAAUAUUAGGAUCCUAGCGACAAAUAAUAUGUGAAUUAAAAAUAAUCUACUCUUACCCAUUGUUCUAAGAAUGGUGGUCGCACUGUGAAACCACCGUGUGUCUAGGACUUUGACGCUGGUGUCUUUAAUUUUAGCUACUUUAACUGAAGUGCGUCUAAGAGAAAUUUACUGAGGUAGUAGGAAAAAGAAAACUUACCUUUUUCCGUGCGCGUUUCCAAUAAUGACGAAAUUUAUGAAUUAAAAAAAAUGUAUGUGAGAAUUGCAUUAUAUACAGUCAAAAGUUGUUAAUCCGGACACGUCGGGA